AUGUAUCGUUGCCCCUUUGGGCAGUGCAAAGAUAUCCAGAAAGAUUGGCCAAGAAAAGACAAUUUCAUCCAGCAUUUGAAACGAGUACACCAUCUUAGUGAGCCCAUAGAUGUCAACCAUUUCUCCCAUCAAGUUGCCGCUUCGCCAGCGCCUGAAGAUCUCGCUGGCCUUGGAUCCCAGCCCCUCACGGUUGGUCAAGAUGGGAAAGUCCAGCCAUACUCUCAGUGGCCUGGGCUGCCUGCAGAUUCUUCCUUCCAUCUUGCCUACAUGAACCGCGAUGAUGUUGAUCCCCGCGGAUAUGCUCAGGAUGUCCAAGAGGAGCAGCUUUUGCCGAUCCCCCAGUCACUGGUCUUAGAUUCGAUGGCUUCAACCACCGGAGUCCAGUUGCAAGCGCAAGAUGUUUUCCAGGGUAUUAGACUAAAAUCUUCAAUAUCAGAGUCACAUCAUGCGGCCAUAGAGCCAUCUGGUGAUGGACUGCAUCAACCUGAUCCCGUGAUAGAACCCAACUCUCACGACUAUGGGCUCUCGCAGGAUGUUCAACCCCAGUGUGACCAGGUCUCAGCAUCACAAAAUCCCCCCCUUAACCCAUCGGACAACUCUUUGCAAAUAGAAAUCGUGGUAGAUGAUUCAAGUCCUAGCAACAUGUGCGACCCUCCUGGAGUGGCCCAUAUUGAUACUCCCAGGGCAUCACCAUCGAUUACUCAGCCAUUGCCCACUGGUCAGGACAGUUCGGACUUGGCUGAUCCUAUCAACUGUCUGCCAUCAGAUCUUUUACUGCAAUCACCUGCACAAGAAUCGAUGACUCGAUCGCCCAGAGUCGAAAAAUUGUGUCAGGGCUAUACUUCAUCAGAAAAUCAGGACAUUGUUAGAGUCGCAGACCAAUCAUCUGGCCAUGACCUUGAUAUGGGGCGAGAAUCUUCAUCGAAGGAUGGCUCAGAAGGAAGUGAUGCUGCGGAAGAUAGAUUGGGCGGCUUAGAUGUAGGACAAGCAGCAUCCAUUCAUACAGAUGAAGGGGCUGCUCAAACUCGCCUUCAAGGUUCAUCUCCCUCUAAGGGAAAUGAGUCGACGCCAAACACUACCCUACAAACCGAUCCCGUUAAUGAAGCGCAAGCAAGCGAGUUUCUCAAAGCGUUGAUGAGACAAGGCAUUCUUGACAAACUCUUGACAGACAUCGGGUAUCAUGGCACAAGGGAGUCCCAACCCGCUGGGCAGGAGCCGGCAACCCAAGUGUCUACCCCCUCAAGCAUCACAGCUCCCCGCAGCGAAGGCAAACAUGCUUGUAAAACAUGCAAGAAGUAUUUCAAUCGACGGUGCGAGCUCAAAAAGCACAUGAAACGGCAUGAUAAGCCCUAUGCAUGCACAUUUCCUAGAUGCAUCCAAAGCUUCGGUAGCAAGAACGACUGGAAGCGGCAUGAAAACACAGUGCACUCGAAACUCCAACUAGAGGUCUGGCAAUGUACCGAGCCAGAUCUCCCUCGUCAUAAUGCGGCCAGGUGCGCGAGGAUGUACUACCGCAGAGAGUCACUCAAGUCCCACAUGGAAAAGGAUCAUGGCAUCAUAGAUAACGAUCUUAUCGAGAAGAAGCUCACUGAUUACCGUCAUAGGGGCAAUUUUGAAUCGCGGUUCUGGUGUGGCUUCUGCCGGAAGAUCAUCGAGCCGUCUGAGAACAAUGGUAAACCUGAGUUGCUCGAACGCUCACGCUUCGACCACAUUGACCAGCACUUCAAUGCCAAGAAUGGCUUUCCGAAGGCCAAUAUCAAGGAAUGGAAGUACCUUGAUGAUUCUAAGUCCCUCGAGGAUUCGUUAGGAGGUGUUGCACCUGAUUCAGAGCGUCUUGCACACUCUGGGAAACGACCUAUUAGCUCGCAGGACGAACGGGUCACUAAUAUUAGCAGCUUUGACACCAAUGGAAUAUUCAACUACAACAAUGGCAUCGGUAGUUCCUGGAUCAGUCAAGUCAACUACAGCGGUCAAAGAGACAACAACAGUGACUCUUACACUAAGAAAUCGGGGAGAGAGUACCGUUUCUGGGUCUGCUGCGGCUGUGGCUUUGUCAAUACCAUCGAGACCGCAGUUCACCCUACCAUGUUUGGCAAUUUUUGA